GAUCCCUCUGGAAUUGGCCAUCAUGCGGAAGAUGCUCCUCUCUCUCCUCCUCCUCGUCAGCCUGGUGGGCUCUCUCGCUCUGGAAGAUCUGGAAGGGAAGGCAUUGGUUUUCCCGGAAGCAUCAGACACAGCCCAUGCACGCUUGAACGUCACGAUCCAGCAGCCCCUGUCGAGCUUCACCCUGUGCCUAAGAUACCUCACAGAAAUAAAGCGCACCCAAACCCUUUUCUCUUACGCAAGCAAGAGGACUGACAACGAGAUAGCUCUCGACAGAUACGAUCUGGGUUACCAGCUUUAUACACAGGGGCUUACCUAUGCAGACUUCAAGGUUCCGGAAAUAUUAACCAGCAACUCUCUUGGGGAGCACGUUUGCGUAAGUUGGGAGUCUGCCACAGGCUUAGCUGAGCUCUGGGUGAACUGGAGGCCCUUGGUCCGGAAGAGCUUGCAGAAAGGCCACUCCGUCAUGGCUGAAGGAUCCAUUGUUCUUGGACAAGACCAGGAUAAUGUUGGAGGGGGCUUUAACAUCAACGAUUGCUUUGUAGGGGAGAUCACAGACGUGUACAUGUGGGACCGUGUUCUGUGCCCCGACGAGGUGGUCCAUGCCUUUCACAACCACCCUCUUCCAGGCUACCUGAUCAACUGGAGAUCACUGAGUUACAGCAUUAAAGGCUAUACCAAGCCUGCCUUGUUGUCUGCCUGCAGAACUGGGUAGGGGUUGCAAAUAACUCACUGGUCUAUGAAGGUGGGGAGGGGAGAGCAAGUUAACCGAACAUUUCUGCAUGGUAAUUCAAUACAUAGAUUCUGCUCUACUAAUCUGGGAUAACAGUGUAGUAACUGUAGUCAUUAUAGUAGCCAUUGUACUAAUGCAGCAUAGCUAUUCCCUUGCUAAUCUUUUCCUGAUGAGUUUGCAAGGUGAUGGAGAGUAUUAAAGCAUUCUUUUAAAAACAAAA